AUGACAGAGACUAGAUCAUCCAUUAAAGACUUACUGACUCGGAUGGGGCAGUUGGAAACUCAGAUAGCAACUUGUCCUCAAGGGAACUUGCCUAGUACAAUAGAGGUCAAUCCAAAAGAACAUUGCAAAGCAAUUACCGUGAGAAGCGGGAAGAAGUAUGAAGGGCCUGAUGAGGGGCAUUCAGUGGAAGAAGAGACUCGGGAUCAACCGGCACCGGUAUCAACAAAAAGAAGACUACUGAAACUCCUCCACCAAGACCAGCCCUUGGAAGAAAUUCCUAGCUACGUGAAGUUUAUGAAGGAGAUCUUGUCGAAGAAGAGAAAAAUGGAAGACUAUGAGACAGUGGCAUUGACCGAGGGUUGUAGCACCAUAUUGCAGAAGAAACUUCCCCCCAAACUCAGAGAUCCUGGGAGUUUCACCAUUCCUUGCACCAUCGGGAGAAUAGAAGGAAUAAAUGCAUUGUGUGACUUAGGAGCCAGCAUUAACUUAAUGCCUCUGUCGGUUUUCAGAAGAUUGAAGUUGGCUGAGGCAAAGCCAACUACAGUAACCUUGCAACUGGCUGAUCGAUCACUAGCUCAUCCAAGGGGAGUCAUUGAGGAUGUAUUAGUAAAAGUUGAUAAGUUCAUCUUCCCAGCUGACUUUAUUGUUCUGGACAUGGAAGAAGAUAGCAAUGUCCCAAUUAUUCUUGGGAGACCAUUCUUAGCAACUGGUCAAGCAUUGAUCGAUAUUUAG